CACACACACACACACACACACACACUCACACUCUCACACACUCACAGCUGCUGGGCCCGCAGUGUUGUUGAGCUUCAGACAGGGAAAAUGGCGACAGACCGUCCAGCCUGCCAGCCGCUGACCGGCCGCUGAGCUCCCCGGUCGCCGGGCUCCGAGCUCCCCGGUGCCCCGCAGCCUGUCGGCGCGGCUUCCCCCGGACUCUCUUUGUUUUGGGGACAGACGCGCUAGCCGCUCCGCUAGCAUGUUGCGGCUAGUCGGCUGGCAUUAGCCUGUUAGCAGGAGCCCGUUAGCUGCUGUUAGCCCGUUAGCCUGUUAGCCUGUUAGCCCUCCUCUGUCUGAACGGGUUAGAUGUGAAACGUCCCGCCGGACCGUUUGUUUCUCCUGUCGGCUGAGUUAGCUUUAGCCCGUUAGCUUGACUUUAUUUCCCUCGGUCUCUGUUAGCCUGUUAGCUUGUCUUUAUUUUUCUCGGUUAGCCUGUUAGCUGGUCUUUAUUUCCCUCGGUUAGCCUGUUAGCUGGUCUCUGCUGUGUUUAUGAGCCUGGUAGCCGGUCAAACAGUAAACAUCCUUGAGAUGAAAUGCUGCUGUUGUUUGUUUUGUCGUCGUGGUCGUUGAGUUUCUGCGCUAGGCUAGCAGCUGCUGGAAGCUAGCUGGAGCUAACGGCUAGCAGCAGAUGUCUUUGUGUGUGUGUGUGUUUAUCUGAGCAGCUGUGCCUGUGAUGUGAAAGCAGGCUGGUUAUCUGGUUAGCUUAGUUAGCACAGUUAGCAGUAGGUUAGCAGCAGGUUGGGUUAGCUGGGCUCAGGGUUCGGGACGUGGCCUCGGUGUGUUCCACAUGAUGUUCUCUGGAGUGGACACGUUAAUCUGUGUGUGUGUGUGUGUGUGUGCUGGGCGCUGAAUCCCGCAGCAACUUAAUCUGAGACUCGAGCUCUUUGUGUUUGCUGAGCCUGGACUGCCAGCAUGGGCCUGCCUGCAGCCUCCUGCCUGCACACCCUCCUCAUCCUCCUCAUCCUCACAGCAUGCACUGCUGCCGCUCAGAGGAGUGACAAUGUAUACUUGUCGGGAAUUUCCAACGCCUGUGGUGACGUGGCUGAGCUCCUGCGGGCCCCCAGCGGUGUGAUCACCAGUCCCGGCUGGCCCUUCCAGUAUCCGUCCAGAGUGAACUGCAGCUGGAACAUCAGAGCCAAGCCCGGGGACACCAUCACCAUCAGCUUCCAGGACUUCGACCUGCAGGGCUCCCACCGCUGCUCCUCUGACUGGAUGUCCAUCAGCAGCUACCGGAGCCUGGAGGGGCUGCGGGUGUGCGGCUCCUCCCUGCCGCCGCCGUACGUCUCCAGCCAGGACCACGUGUGGGUCCACUUCCACUCCGACGACAGCCAGCAGGGCAAGGGCUUCCGGCUGGCCUACGUCACAGGGAAGCUGGAGGCGUCCAGCUGCGAUGUGGACCAGUUCCACUGCUCCAAUGGGAAGUGCAUCCCGGACUGGUGGCGGUGUAACUCCAUGGACGAGUGCGGCGACAACUCGGACGAGGAUCUGUGCGUCGACUCGCCCUUCUCCUUCCAGCCCUGCAGCCUCAACCAGUUCCCCUGCCUGUCCCGCUACACCCGCAUCUACACCUGCCUGCCGCACACGCUGCGCUGCGACGGCAGCAUCGACUGCCAGGACCUGGGGGAUGAGAUCGACUGUGACGUUCCCACCUGUGGAGAAUGGUUGAGGAACUUCUACGGCUCCUUCAGUUCCCCAAACUACCCAGACUUCUACCCUCCUGGCAGCAACUGCACCUGGCUGAUCGACACUGGGGACCACAGGAAGGUCAUCUUGCGGUUCACAGACUUCAAGCUGGACGGGACAGGUUACGGCGACUACGUCAAGGUGUACGACGGUUUGGAGGAGAACCCUCGCCGUCUCCUCAGGGUGCUCACCGCCUUCGACUCCAGAGCGCCGGUCGCCGUGGUUUCCUCGUCCGGGCAGCUGCGAGUUCACUUCUACGCCGACAAGAUCAAUGCGGCCCGAGGGUUCAACGUCACCUAUCAGGUGGACGGGUUCUGCUUGCCGUGGGAGGUUCCGUGCGGGGGGAACUGGGGCUGCUACACGGAGCAGCAGCGGUGCGACGGGUACUGGCACUGUCCCAACGGGCGGGACGAGCUGAACUGCUCGUCCUGCCAGGAGGACGAGUUCCCCUGUUCCAGGAACGGAGCGUGUUACCCUCGCUCCGACCGCUGCAACUACCAGAACCGCUGCCCCAACGGUUCCGACGAGAAGAACUGCUUCUUCUGCCAGCCAGGGAACUUCCACUGCAAGAACAACCGGUGUGUGUUUGAGUCGUGGGUGUGCGACGCUCAGGACGACUGCGGCGACGGCAGCGACGAGGAGAGCUGCCCGGUCAUCGUUCCCACCCGGGUCAUCACCGCCGCCGUCAUCGGCAGCCUGAUCUGCGGCCUCCUGCUCGUCAUCGCCCUCGGCUGCACCUGCAAACUGUACUCGCUGCGCAUGUUCGAACGCAGGUCGUUUGAGACCCAGCUAUCACGGGUGGAGGCGGAGCUGUUGAGGAGGGAGGCUCCACCCUCUUAUGGUCAGCUGAUCGCCCAGGGCCUCAUCCCACCAGUGGAGGACUUCCCAGUGUGCUCUGGGAGCCAGGCUUCAGUUCUAGAAAAUCUUCGUCUUGCUGUUCGCUCUCAGUUGGGCUUCACCUCCCUGCGUCUCCCCUCCUCUGGUCGCCAUAGCAACCUGUGGCGCCGCCUCUUCACGUUUUCCCGGUCCCGGCGGUCCGGGUCCUUGGCGCUCGUCUCGGCCGACCCAGAGGACGGCACCGGCUCCGGGAGCACCGGCAGCUCCGGGAGUUCGGGUUCGGACCUCCUGAGCCCGGACUCGGACGACACGGACACCGAGGGCGAGCGGGGGAGGGAGAGAGAGAGGGGCGGGGGGGCCGUGGGGGGGCCUGUCGCCCCGCUGCCCCAGAAAACACCGCCUUCCAGCGCCGUGGAGGCCGUGGUGUCCGUGACGACCACGGCGACGGCCGCCCCCGGCCAGGACCGAGGCCGGGAUCGACCCCGAGAGGCUCGGUAUGCCCCCAGCCCUGGGCCUGUCGCCGUGGUAACCUCCGCUUCAGAUAAUGAGCGCCAUAGCAACGCCCUGGAGCCGCAGACCCCACAGGGUUCCGCCCUGCAGCGUCUCGCCCACAACCUGCACCGCUUCGCCAGAACCCUGACCAGAACCAGCCAGAACCACAGCCAGAACCACAGCCCGCUCAGACAGCUGGAGACAGGAGGAGGAGGAGGAGGAGGAAGAGGAGGAGGAGGAGGAGCAAGAGGAAGAGCAGAGGGAGGUGAGAGGAGAGCCAGCAGAGAGGAGGAGGAAGACGUGGAGCUCCUCAUCCCCGUCUCCGACUCCGACUCCUCCUCUUCCUCGUCACUGGUCAGUGAGAGCUGCCGGCCGCUGCUGGAGCCCCGCCCCUCCUCCGCCUCCGGUCACACCUCCCGCCAUCACCAUGGCAACGGAGGCCGUGGCGGCAGGGACGGUCCAUGUGAACACUGUGGGAUGGUUCAUACCGCCCAGAUCCCCGACGCCUGCCUGGAGGCCACGGGCAAGACGGAGAGCAGCGACGACGAGCUGCUGCUGCUCUGCUAACCGGCGAGCUAGCCGCCCGGCUAACCGGCGAGCUAGCCGGUUGGCACGUUAGCCUGGAUCACUGCUGAGGGUCAGACUGGACUCUAACUGGUUUCCUGCUCCAGGCUUCCGCUCCACUCCUGGUUCCAGUUUGUGUUUCAAAGAGAAACUGAACGACACAAAACGACUGAGUGAAACUGAGAGUGACGGCCGGUCAGGUACGACGAGUCGCUCAGAAACGUCACGGAUGUUUUUCUGUCUGUUGCUAGAACCGUAAACACACUCCCGUGGUUCUCUGGUCCGUCCUUUAAAACAUCCCCCCUGAGUCAAUAAAUGCAAGCUAGAGGACACACCGUGCCGGUCCGACCUCGAUUCCUGUCCCCCUGCGGUGCGACGCUGACUGUACAGUCCACAGACAGGAUGUUUGGUUCCUCGCGGUCCACACGGGACCGUCAGGUUGGUUCCUGUCUAACCAGUUCCUGUUCCUGCAUCGGUACGAUGACGGCCCCCUGAGUCGAUGCCACGUUCUAAAGGGCCCCUUCUCUAGUGGUUCUCACUGUCAGGCUGCUUCAUUUGACACUGAUUUGUAGCUCCUGGUUAGUUCCUACAGUUUGGUUCCUGGUGUCGGUGUUCCCCACCCUGUACUCUGACGACAAAUCUCUCACAAGACAAGAACGUUCUAGGUUUGUCCUUGGUAACAGAAGUUCUAGAUCCAUCUGUUAAAAAGACUUCCUCUGAAAGAUAGAAGUUCUAGAGCAGUACGUUCUAAAAGAUAGAACCAUGGGGGAUGGUCUCGAUCUGUCGGUUCUAGAAUACAGAACGUUCUGGAUGUAUUUAAAAAAUGAUAAUAAUAAUAAUAACAGAACAAAGUUCUUGGUGUGUCCUAUAAAUAAGGGAAGUAUUACAGAGAACCUCUUAACACCGGGCAGCAGGAACUACUUUUUGUGUUCUAGAGGUCAAGGGUCAUGACUGAGGUUUACAUUUCAAAUAGAACGUGAAACUUGACGCGCGUGUCCCAUUGUUCCAGACGUCAGAACGUCCCGGUUCCUUUCCCUCAGUAGACGUAAACAUGUUGAGCGGUUCCAGGCGUCUGGAACUGGAACCCAGUGGACGGAGAGCGGGUUAGGGUGACUGGAGAGGAGCCGCUCGUCCUCCUUCUGUCCACAAGAAGCCAUUCAAACUGACUGGAGUUUAUUUAUUAGCUUUGUUACAGUUUUGGUACUGAGAUCUCGCUGACCUCGUGUGAGUGUGACCGUCUAUAUUUAUUAUCAUUAUUAUUAUUAUUAUUAUUAUUGUUGUUGUUGUUGUUAUUCUUGUUGUUGUUGUUGUUGUUAUUAUGACUAUUAUUCUGGAUAUUAAUUUGUCGUUGUUAGUUGUUACCUGAUGCAUGAUUAAAGUUGUCUUGUGCUAGUUUUUUUCUUUAAGUGAAAAGUGUUGAAAACAAAAUGUAUAAACUUUAACUGUAAACUGCACUAAAGAUUAAAGGUACAGUCCUUGUGUGGCGCCC